GCCACAGGCUCGUUAUUUUCCCAGAUUAAGUUAUCCGGACAGCUGGCGCUCUAUCCAUUAUCAUCUAAGCUGUCGUCGGAAACACUUGGCUCCAGUCAGUUUCGAGAAGUUUAUUUUAAAAUGUGCUACGCCUAGACAAUAGUAGAAAAUGCGUGUCAAGUUUAUAUCAGCUGUAUUUUUUACGCUUAUAUGUUCCCAUUAUUCGUUUUUGUUACGUGAAAAACCAGAGCGCCGAUUGGCCGAAAGUGAAUCAGUGUUGGACCCAAACGGUGAGCUACUGUUGAAAUGGCGAGUGGAUUAUUUAGCUCGCAGAAUCCAAUUUGAAAUAGUGAUAUCAGAAAAAGCUCCUGCAUUUAAUUGGUUCGCUUUAGGUUUUUCUGAUAGAGGGGAAGUAAAGAAUGCUGAUAUUUGCCUUCUAUGGACGGACUACAGAGGGCAAGAUCAUUUUGAGGAUAUGCAUGCUGAUGAUCUUGGAAAAUUAUUCAUAGAUGCGAAGCAAGAUUGUGAGGGUUUCUAUUUGGACAGUAAAAGCAGAAGUAUUAUUUUUGAGCGUUUGUUCGACACUUGUGAUAAUGACGACUAUGUUAUUGAGGAUGAGACUGUUCAUGUCGUCUGGGCACGUGGAACGGAUAAACUUUUUUCAUCUCAAGGCCUAUGUUUGACAGGCGUUUCAAAACAAAAUCGUGGUUUUAUAAGAGUUCGCCUUCUUACUCCACCAAGAAUGCCGCAAAUAAAUGCACAUGAACUAAAAAUUACGAACAACAACUUGAAGGUACCGGGGGCUGAUACUACAUACUGGUGUAAAGUGGUAAAACUUCCAGACUACGUUACUCAACGCGAACAUCAUAUCGUACAGUUUGAAUCAAGUAUUACUAAGGGUAAUGAAGGACUUGUGCACCACAUGGAACUUUUCUAUUGCGAUGCAGAUCCAAAUACAGACAUUCCACUUUACGAGGGAAAUUGUUUUGCUAAAGAACGACCAGACAUUACUAAACUAUGUUCUAAGGUAAAAUCAGCAUGGGCAAUGGGAGCACCUCCAUUCAUUUAUCCACAAGAAGCAGGGCUACCCCUUGGAGGACCAAAUGCAAACAAAUAUGUUAUGCUUGAAGUACAUUACAACAAUCCGGAAUUAAAAUCAGAUUGGGUAGAUAGUUCGGGAAUUAGCAUACACAUCACAGCAAAAAGACGGAGAUACGAUGCCGCAAUUAUGGAACUUGGUUUGGAAUAUACGGAUAAAAUGGCAAUCCCUGGUGGACAAAAAGCAUUCCCUUUAACUGGUUACUGUAUUCCACAAUGCACUGGGGUUGGUAUACCACGUCAUGGAAUUGUAGUAUUCGGUAGUCAACUUCACACACAUCUGACUGGUAUAGCUGUGUGGACACGGCAUUUUCGACAAGGAAUAGAACUCCCAAUCAUCAAUAAGGACAUGCACUAUUCAACUCAUUUCCAAGAAAUUAGGAUAUUGCAUCGACCAGUGAAGAUACUGCCUGGGGACUAUCUGCAGACAACUUGUUUAUAUAGAACGACAGAAAAAACUAACGCAACGAUUGGAGGACAUGCUAUUACGGAUGAAAUGUGCGUUAACUAUUUACAUUACUAUCCUGCAACACAGUUGGAAGUUUGUAAAAGUGCAAUCUCUAAUACUGCUUUAGAAAAAUACUUUGAAUUUGAGAAAAAUUGGGAUGACAUAUCUAUCUCAUUUAAAUCUAGCCCUCGAGAUAAUUAUUUAGCCAUUAAACCUUGGACACCGUUAAGGGUUGUUGCCCUAAACGCUUUAUAUACUGAAUCUACUAUAUCAAUGCAAUGCAAUAAGUCUGAUGGAAAUAGAUUUCAGGGAGAAUGGGAGGGCAUACCUAUUCCAAAAAUUAAAGUGUCAUUGCCCAACAAUCCAAGAAAUUGCCCUAAUUAAAUGGAACUAAGUUCAUACACACGGCCACACUGUUAACUAUUCAUUUCCGUUUUUGCUCUCGCUCUCAUCAAAUGGUGAUUCUUUGCGAUAGAACGAGACGACAUGACAGGCAAUGCAUAGUUAACACUAUUGCCGAUGGUACAUACAUACAUACUUACUAUUAAG